AGCCGCUUCUCUGUCAGUGUCUUGGUUUCGGUUUCGGAGCGGCGGGAAGGACCGGCAGCUGGGUCCUGAAAGGCAAGGAAGGGCUGUGUGUGCAUCUGGAGAGCGGCGGCUUGGCAAGUGAAGAAGUCGGGCAGUGGAUGUUGUCCCCCAGCUCCUCUGUUUUGUGACCCUUGCUUUGUGUUCGGUGCUGCUGCUCUGUUUCUGGGCUUUCAGCACCUCAAUGAGGAUACACCUGGUGUUGGAGUGUCCCUGUGUGCUGAGAUGCUGCCAUUAGCAGCUCCAUUCUUCAUCAGGGCAUGGAGCAGAAGCCACUUUGGCACUUGACUGUCGGAAGGAGGCUGACCACACAACCAUGCAGCCUCUGUUUCAGAGUGAGGAUCUGGACCUGGCAGCAGCCGUGGCGAGUGCCCGGCCUCAGCUCGUGGAGUUCCUCAGCCGCCGGCCCGACUGGCUGCUGGCAGCCUCCCGCCGCUUCCUCCCUGGGGAGGCCCUCGGGGGCCUGGAUGGCAUCACCCACCACACAGGAAAAGUCUCAGCCCUCCUUGACCUGCUGGAGAAAGCUGGCCCUGCCACCUGGAAAUCGUUUGUACAGUACCUGUGCAUGGAGUUGGACCUGCCCCUGGAUCUGGAGAUCCUGCUCAUAAGUUCUGCCGGAGAAGGUAACUUGAGCCAGAAGCCAGAGGCAUGCACAGAGGCAAGUGCCUGGCCAACAGUGCCCAAAGGGCCGGCUCGACGUCGCCACGGCAGCGCCUCUGGCAGUGAUAAGGAUGCUAAACAGCAACGACUGGAUCCACCCACGCAGUACCGGCACCUCCUCAUCGAUUCCAUCCGCCAGAGAGCCUGGAGCAGGAGAGCAGCAGCAGCAGCAGCACAGGAGCACAGGCAGCCUCUGCCUUUCAACCAGGCCUUUGUCAACCUGGUCAUCCAGCAGAGCAGAGCGUCCCGCCUGAGGGAGAGGGCAGAGAAACCCCGCGAGGACGCGGCGGCUGCCCCCGAGGCCGAGGAGUGCGUGGACACGGCCGUGCAGGUGUCGGAUCUGUUCUGCAGCGUGGUCCCAUCAGGCACCACCAGGGUGAUCUGUUUGUUUGGUAAACCAGGGACAGGCAAGACCAUGCUAAUGAGGAGGAUCUGUCAGAAGUGGGCAGAGGGUGUCCUCCCCCAGUUUCUCUUCACUUUCCUCUUUGAAUUCCGGCAGCUGAACUUGCUAAAAAGAAAACUGACUCUGAAGGAGCUUUUGUUUGAGCUGUUCCUUCAGCCAGCACACAGCCCUGAUGAAGUGUUCCAGCACCUCCUGCAAAAUGCCUGCUGUACCCUGCUCAUCUUCGAUGGGCUGGAUGAGUUUGCAGGUGACAUGGACGUGUUGUUCCCUUCCAAGGGAGGCCCAACUCCCACCUCCCGUCUGUCCAUUCCUCAGCUCUUUGCGGGCCUCUGUCACGGGAAGCUCCUGCCUGGCUGCACAGUGUUGGUCACCAGCCGACCUCAGAGGCUGCCUGACUUCUUACUAACCACAGUGGAUCUGCUGGCAGAAAUUGGGGGCUUUGACCAGGAGAAGGUUGAGGAGUAUGUCAGUCACUAUUUCCAUCAGCGUCCGUUCAAAGAGCAAGCCAUUACUCACCUGAAGAACAACAGCAAGCUCCUCAGCAUGUGCCUCAUCCCUGCCCUGUGUUACGUGGUGUGUGUCUGUUUGGACUAUUUGCUCUGUAAACAUCAGGUGAACGUGGAGCUUCCUCAGACCACGACACAGUUCUAUAUCAAAAUGCUCCUCAUCUUCAUAAGCAAACAGCAGGGAGAGCGUGCAGGUGGCGAGGAGACUCAGCUCAGCUGCAACAAGCAGGCCAUCUUGGGUCUGUGUGAGCUUGCACUCAAAGGCCUGGAAGAAAGGAAGCUGGUGUUUUAUGUUGGUGAUAUUCCAGAGCACGUGAAGGAGUUUGCCUCCUUACAUGGGCUGCUGACUGUCUUUGAGGUGAAGACUUGUGGCUCUGGCCCAGAGGCUGGCUAUGCCUUUGUACACUUGAGCUUGCAGGAGUUUUUUGCAGCUCUGUGCCUCAUGGUGAGUAAAAGGCUGGGCAAGAAUGACCUGAAGAAGAAAUUCUGUCUGAAAUCAAAGUGGACUUCAAAGAAUGAGGCAAAGACUGAGUUCAUGGAGAGUUUUCACAUCUUUCUCUCGGGCUUGUCAUCAAAGGAGUGUAGGACAUUCCUCAUGCUGCUGGCUGAGCAAGAUGAAACUCGGCUGCAGGAGAAGCAGGACACGAUCCUGCAGUCUCUCAAGAAACUGGCAGCCACUCAUCUGACAGGGCCUAAAGUCAUUGAGCUCUGCCAUUGCACCUUUGAAACACAAGAGCUCAGAGUAGCCCAGCACAUUGGGAGCCUGCUCAACUUCAAGUUUGAGCUGAAGAACCUGAGGCUGACGCCCCUGGACGUGGCAGCUUUGGCCUUUGUCCUCAACGCUGGCCAGGGUUUGGCUCACUUGGGUUUUGCAGGAUGCCUCAUGGACAGGGGCUGCUUGGAGGUCCUGGCUGGCUGUAAGAAUGUAGAGCACUUGAGCUUUCGUAGCAGGAGAUGUGGCAAUGACUUUGCUGCUGCUCUUUCAAAGAGCUUACAGGGAAUGGAGAGCCUGAAGAAACUAGAGCUGACAGGUGGGAGCAUCACAGCUGAGGGAAUGACUAACUUGGUCCAGGCUUCAUCACAGUGCUUCCAGCUUCAGGAAAUAAACUUGCGGGACAAUCGGAUACGGCAGCCCGACGUGAAGAGGCUGAUGGACCUGUUCUCCAGGAUGGGCCAGCUCAGGAGAGUAGAUCUGAGCAACAACAAUCUUUCCUUGAAUGCUGUUCUCACUUUGGCCAAGGAAGUCCUCUCCUGUGGAAAUGCUGCUGAGCUGCACAUCAGGAAGGACACUGUUGUUAUACAUUUUUCUGGCCUGCUUGGGAAAGUUCCAAGCUCUUUGGAUUUGAAGGGAGAAGAGAAGAAGGAACAUGUAACUCCAGUGAGAUUGGUGAAGCUGUGCUUGCAGGAUUGCAGCCUGUCUUCCCAGCAGGCCAAGGAGGUCGUUGGCAUUCUGCAGAGCUGCCCAUGUCUCUCUGAAGUGGAUUUGUCAGGUAACAAGCUUGGGGAUGAAGGCUGCAGUUGCCUGCUGGAAAACCUCCCUUGGAUAUCAGUUUCAAAGCAGCUGGAUCUCAGUGGAAACUGCCUCUCUGUUGAUGGCAUCUGCAGUCUGUUGAAGUCUGUAAAGACCUGCCAGAAGGUGAUGGAGAUACAAGCCAGCCUUCUUCAUGAGACUGCAGUCCUGAGGUUUACAGAAGACAGAGAGUUUGCUGCCCUUCCUCCUAGGGAAGAGCCUGUGUUCUCUACUGAUGACCAGCAAUGUGGAGAGGAAAGCCAGACACCUGCUACCCCCCAAAAAAUAAGGCUGACAGACAGUUGUUUUCAAGCUGGUGACCUGCAGAAGCUGUGUGCAACCCUGAAGGAGUGUAGCAGUGUCUCUGAGCUGGACCUAUCCAACAAUCACCUGGGAGAUGAAGGACUUGUGCAGCUGUUUCAGCUCCUGCCACAUAUGAAAUUGUUAAGCUCUCUCAAGCUUGAUGACAACCAGAUCUCCCUGAACUCUGUGUUUUUCUUAGCUCAGACCUUAUCUACACAGGAACACAUUAAAACCAUGAACCUCAGCUUGGGACAGACACAAGUGGUUCAUCUGACCUUUUGGGAGAGAACCAGGGUCAGAGGUACCAGCAGAUGUUGGAGGAGUUUCCUGGUGCAUCCCAAGCACGAAGCCAGAGGCCAGUGCUUUCGUCUCAGGGACUGCAGAAUGGGUCCAGAGGAUGUGACCAGGCUGUGCCAGAUCCUGGCUCAAUGUCCCCAGCUGACAGAAAUCCAUCUGUCUGGAAAUGCACUGAGUGAUCAGAGCAUGGAGAGAUUACUGAGCUUCCUGCCAAACCUCUGUCACCUGACACUGCUGAGUAUCAGGAAGAACACAUUCUCCCCACGUGGCACUGUCUUCCUCCUCAACUCCAUCAAGCUGUGUGAGCGCAUCCGGGUGCUGCAAGUGUGGUCAAGUGAAAAUGCUAAGCUGUACUUAGGGGCAAACUGGAGAAGCCAAAAGACAUCCUGCAGGCUGACUGACUGUGCCCUCGGCCCAGGGCAGGUGGGUGAGCUCUGCAGAGCCCUGGAGCAGCAUGGAUGGCUGGCAGAAGUAGACCUUUCUGGGAAUGAGCUGGGAGAUGAAGGCCUGAGGUGCCUCUUGGACCAUUUGCAUCGAUUGCCUGGGGCCUGUUCCCUCAACCUCAGCCAUAACAGGGUUUCUCAGGAUGGAGUUCUGCAUCUCAUAAAUGCCUUUGCCACAUCUGGAAAGACCACUGAGCUUCAAGUCAGUUUGUGCUCCAAGGCAACUUUAAUCAUCAAGCUGACAAACAGAGAUGACCCCAGAAAGAUUCUGAGACUUGCUGAGUGCAACUUUCAGCCAGAGCACUUGGAAAAGCUGUGCAUGCUCCUGGAAAAGUGCACUGGCCUGGCAGAGUACAGAUCCUCAAAUAACAACAUGACAGUCCAAGCUGCAGAGAGGCUUUUGCAUUCGCUGAGGAAAACUCUGGGUCCCCUGAAAAUCAGCAUCCAAGAGCCAUGGGUAUGCAAAGAAAGUGUCACAAAGCUUCUUGAGCUGGCUGUCCAGGCCUGUGGGAGCAUCACUGAGAUCAUGAUAUGUAAACAUAAAACCCUCUUCCAGUUAGCUGUGAGGUUCCCACCGUGCCUGGAGAAGGUGGAAUCAGUUGCUGGCAGACUGAAUCUGCACAAGCCAGAAAUCAGGACUGCUGGCUUCUACCAAAGGGUGCAUGAAAAAUGUGCUCAGCUUCAGGAACUGAGAUGGUCUGAUCUUGAUCUCCACAAGGAUGAAGCAGAAAUGCUAGUCAAGAUUUUGCUGCCUCUUCCAGAGCUGAAGAAGUUUGGGCUGACCUCCAGCAGGAUUGUGCCAACUGGAGUUGAUGACUUGAUCACAGGCUUGCAGAACUGCCAGGCCAUUGAAGAGCUCAACCUGGGCCACAUGAAACUCAGCAGUGCUGCCAUUGCCAAGCUUGUGCUGGGGCUUUGUGAAAUGCCAUCUCUGAAAAGGCUGAUCUUGAACCAUAACAGUAUUGGUGAUGAUGGCUGCUCCAGACUUGCAGAAGCCUUGAGAGUUAAGCACCACAUGGAGGAAAUCAAUUUAAGCCACAACAGGAUUGGGGAUCCAGGCCUGCUGAGCCUAGCUGCUGCCCUGCUGGAAAUGCACAACCUCAAGAGAAUGGACCUUUCAGGGAACAAUCCCAGUCCUGCUGGAGGGGAGAAGCUGGUGGAAGCUCUUGCCUAUUGCAAGCAUAUCGAGGAGUUAGUACUGUCCAGGAAUGCUUUUGGGGACAGGACAGCAGUGAAACUUGCCCUCUGUCUGCCUCACACAACCAACCUGAAGGUCCUGCACUUGCAGAACAAUAACAUUGGGCCAGCAGGAGGGCUGGAGCUGGCCAGAGCCCUGGCAACGUGUGUGCUGCUGGAGGAGGUGAGCCUGUCAGAAAAUGACCUGGGGGAAGGCAGUGUCUGUGCCCUGGCCGAGGGGCUGCCUGGCCUGGGCCGCCUGCACAAGUUGGACUUGAAGCUCUGUGGAGUGACUGAUGGUGCUUCACGGCGCCUGAGCCACGCUCUGAGGCAGUGCCUGGCCCUGGAGGAGAUCAUACUGUCCUGGAACGCCCUUGGAGAUGGAGGAGCCCAAGAGCUGGCCAGUGCUCUCCCAGGGAUGGAACAGCUGAAGGUGUUAGAUCUGGAGAAAAAUCACAUUGGUGCCUGUGGGGCCACAGAGCUGGCAGAGGAACUCACCAGGUGCCCCCAGAUCCACUUCAUCAGGCUGUGGGACAAUCCAGUGCCCAAGGCCCUUGCUGAGGAUUUAACAAGCCAAGACCCAAGACUGUGUUUCUCCUUCUACUAGCAAAGAAGAGCCCUUGCCUGGCUAGGAAUUGCUCUCCAUCUCCAUCUGCUCUCAAAACUUGCACUGAAGAGCCCAGGAGAGCCAAGUUCCUACAGUUAACAGCUCUGACUCUUAGGUCUUCCUUGGGUGCACUGAACCAAGCAUGAGCCCACUUGGUGGUGGUGCUUUGGCUCUUGCAAGCCUUUGCUGUACAGAAAAGCAAGAGACUCUGAAGGAUCACUGCUGAGCAGGCACUGCCCUUGGUGCACAAACACUGGAACUCCCUUCAAGAAGCUGAGAUGCAUCUGCUCAUGCAUUUUGCUGAUCUUUAAUCAAGAUCACAACACCUCCAGGACGUUCCAGGGGAAGAAUGUGCUGCUUCUGGGUGAUGUAAAACUACUUACAGGGUGGAAACCAGCUGACCCCUGUCACCAGUGGGCUGUUGGAAAGUGGUGUGUAACCCUGGCUGUGGGUUUGAAGCCAAGUAAUGGUGAGAGGUGCUUUUGUUUGCUUCCCAGCAGGUUCUUUAUACAGAGUUCCCUCCAUUUCCCAGCAGACACUCGAGGGCUUUAGAAGCAUUGCACAGAACAGAGCAGUGCUGUCAUGGCAUGGGAGGGAUGAGGCCACCAUGGAUUCCAGGGAGAAACCUUCAGGUGCUCAGGUUGUCAGGCAAGCUUGUAAGGAAGCUGUUUCUGUUCUGUGUGACAGGCUGUGCACUACUCACUGUUUUCACAUGGGGGUUACAGAUCUUGGUGGGGGCAGCUGGGAGAGUUGAUUGCACUGAUGUCUCUGAAGCAAAGCCAGGGACCACUCAGCUUGAAACAUUGUCUGUGUGAUCUUCAGGCCUCUGCUCUCCCCUGAACCCAGGGGCAGGGGCUGUUGGAGCUGUGGCAGUGAGAUGGACAAGCUCUCUUGCAGCUGAGCAGAGGAGGUGGGCUGCAGCAGCCCCUUGCACACGCCUGGAGCGUGGCCCUGCUGCUCUCCUUAUUUAUUAACUCCAGUUCUUGUGUUUUCCUUGAAGUGAUUGUGCUGUAACUAUUGAAUCCUCCUCCUGGAUUUAGUGAUGGGGUUUUGUUUACAGCCUGGGGAGAUGUGAGUGGUCUGACUGGGCAAGGCAGAGCCUUGGCAUGAGACAGAGCUGCUGGCCCUCAGAGCUUUGGGCAGAGGCUGUGGACAGCUGGUGCCUGUGACUCCUCAUCUGAAGCUCAGGACACACUGACUGUUGCACAGAGGUGAGAUGUUUGGCAGGGUUUCAAAUCAAAGGGGAAAAUAAAGGUAGGGAAAAGUCCUUUUCAGGCCAUAAUCCCAUGAAAUGAUCCAGUACCUGGGAUUUAGGAAAAGCUUCACCCAGUGUAGCUGUUCCUUCCAUCCUGUGUUUCCAGAUCUAGUUCUCCCAUCUUCCCAGUGCCCCUCAGAGGAAGAGUGUGGCACAAAAGGCAGCGUGAUCACGUACUGAGAGGUGCCUCAGUGCCCUCAGCUCCUCACAGCUCCCACACUGAGUGUUUGCCAGCUGGGCUCUGCACAGGGUUUGCAGUAACACUCCCUCUCAGGCCAGGCUGUCAGCUGAACUCUCCUUUCAUGUCCUGCAGUAGGACUGUGUGUGAGAAAUACUACUCCCACAGCCUGUGAAGGAGGAAGGCACUGGGACUGGACAUGUUAAAGUGCUUUGUGAGGCCAUGCUGUUGUCCUUGCCUGUGUCCCCAGCCUUUGCUUUGCCACAGGCUCAGUGUCAAACAGGUCUUUGCAUCAUCUCCAGGUGCCACCCAUUCCUGUCUGAAUGUGGUCAGAUGCCAGGGUGAUUUCUUUCCCUCCUUUACUGGUAGGGAGAAAUUACUGGGUUUCUUCCUUUUUGGUUGGGGGGCAAAAAAC